CAUGUGAGAAGUUAAGAACAUUGAAAUAAGCGCGGGAAAUGGAGCAACUGAAAUAACAGAAGCAAGCAACUAAAUAAGCUUCCUGAUCCUACUCUUGUGGAUCUUAAUUAGAAUCAUUCUUCCGUCUUUUAGUCUCCCGUCUUCUCUUAAUUCCUCCACAAACUAAUCGGGAACUCCUCUCAUGUCUUAAUUCCUUGUUCAACUCCACCAUUUUCCCAGAACCAUUAAAGGAAUAAAGUAGAAGAAAAACAAGAAGCAGACAAACAUGGCCUUAGGAAAAGUGCGUACCACCGGCGGUAGAAGAACAUCCAAUUCCUCCUGCUCCUCCACCGUCACCCCCAUCGCCUUCGUAGCGUUAUGCAUCCUCGGGGUCUGGCUCUUGUCCUCGACCUCCGUUGUUCCUCCCCGGACCACCACCCGAGAGUCCGUCACCACCGCCACCAACGCCGCUGCCGGAGUUGCCUCGUCCCUCCUCAGCUCCGUCACCAACACCAUUUCUAAGAGCCCACCCGCUUUCGAAGACCAUCCCGGAGAGCUUCCCGAGGACGCCAUCAAGUCAACCGACCACGACAACGAGGAGGCGAAGCCCGGGGACAAUAAUGAAGACGCCUCUAAAAAUGAAUCGUCCGACCGUGAGAGUGAAAAUCAGAAUUCGAAUAAAGAUCAGGCUGCGGUUGAGCAGUCGGAGGCUGAUCGCGACGGAGGCGGUGGCGAAUCAGAUAGCAAGAAAGCGGCAGAGGAAGCAGAGGAGGAGAAAGCCGAGAAGCAGAGUGGAAGUGAACAAACAGAUGAAAAGGGUGAUGUGUCAAGGGAAGAGAUAUUUGAAGCCAAAAAAAGCUCAAAAGAGGAAAGCAAUGAUAAGGUUCAAGGAACCUCAUCGGCUGACACGAAAAACUUGAUAUCCGAUGAAGAUCAGCAGAAGCGAUUCGAGCAACAACAGAAAGAAGACGAUCAGAUGCAAUCAAAAGGGCAAUCAUCUGAGCAAGAAGCUCACACCGAAGAUCAUCAGGAAGAAGUGGUGGGAGAAGAUCAAACGCAACAAAAUCAGGACACAGACAACGCGGUCCAGAAGACAUCAAAGAAGGAGUGGUCGACUCAAGCCGCGCAAUCCGAUAAUCAGAAAGAAAGGGCAAAGACGAUGGCGACAAGUUCUGCCGAGGACGAUGAUCAAGAAAAUAGUACUACAGGCUGGAAAUUGUGUAAUGUCACAGCCGGUCCCGAUUAUAUACCGUGUUUGGACAACGAGGAAGCUAUUAGGAAGCUAAGGAGUCGAAGGCAUUUCGAGCACAGGGAGCGACAUUGCCCCGAGGAGCCUCCUACAUGCCUUGUCCCGCUUCCCAAAGGGUACAAGAAACCGAUCGAAUGGCCACAAAGCCGAGAUAAGAUAUGGUAUCACAAUGUGCCUCAUACACUGUUGGCAGAAGUGAAAGGGCAUCAAAAUUGGAUGAAGGUCUCUGGAGAAUUCCUUACUUUUCCUGGUGGAGGCACUCAGUUUAUCCAUGGAGCUUUACAUUACAUUGAUUUUGUCCAACAGGCAGUACCCAAGAUUGCAUGGGGAAAGCGUACGAGAGUGAUAUUAGAUGUGGGGUGUGGAGUUGCUAGUUUUGGCGGUUACCUAUUUGAUAGAGACGUUCUGGCAAUGUCAUUUGCACCUAAAGACGAACAUGAAGCUCAAAUUCAAUUCGCACUUGAAAGAGGGAUUCCGGCAAUCUCCGCCGUCAUGGGCUCUCAACGCCUCCCCUUCCCCAGUGGCGUCUUUGACAUUGUGCAUUGUGCACGUUGCAGAGUCCCUUGGCACGCCGAAGGUGGAGCGCUACUUUUGGAAUUAAAUCGAGUGCUUCGUCCUGGAGGUUACUUUGUCUGGUCUGCAACUCCCGUCUACCAAACACUUAAGGAAGACGUGCAAAUUUGGAAGGAAAUGUCGACCCUGACUGUGUCUAUGUGUUGGAAGCUUGUUGGGAUAAAGAAGGAUAAACUAAACUCCAUUGGUGUAGCUAUCUAUCACAAACCCGAAAACAAUGUUUGCUACAAUCAUAGAAAAUCCAAAACUCCCCCUAUGUGUGAUGACGACGAUGACCCAAAUGCUGCCUGGUAUGUACCUUUGCAAGCAUGCAUGCACAGAAUCUCUACGGACGAGAAGGAUAGAGGAUCAAAGUGGCCUAAACAGUGGCCAGAGAGACUUCAAACGCCGCCGUAUUGGUUAAACAGAUCUCAGAUGGGCAUAUAUGGCAAACCAGCUCCAGAUGACUUUGCAGCUGAUUAUGAACACUGGAAACAUGUAAUCAGCAAGUCAUACAUGAGCGGAUUGGGAAUCAACUGGUCCAGCGUAAGAAACAUCAUGGACAUGAGAGCCGUUUAUGGGGGAUUUGCUGCGGCAUUGAAGGACUUGAAAGUGUGGGUAAUGAAUGUGGUAAAUGUGGACUCACCAGACACACUUCCAAUCAUAUAUGAGCGUGGCCUCUUUGGAAUAUACCACGACUGGUGUGAAUCCUUCAGCACAUACCCAAGAACAUAUGAUCUCCUCCAUGCUGAUCAUCUCUUCUCUAAGCUCAAAUUGAGGUGCAAGAUAUCUGCUGUAAUGGCUGAAGUGGACAGAAUAGUUAGACCUGGAGGGAAAUUUAUAAUGCAAGAUGACUCGGGAACAAUAAAGGAAGUAGAAAACAUACUCAAGUCUUUGCAUUGGGAGGUACGGAUGACCUUUUAUCAAAAACAAGAUGGAAUGCUUAGCGCUGAGAAAACGGAGUGGCGACCCGAAGCAUAUGCUGCAUCUUCAACCUAAUGCUUUUAUUUAUGGAGUAUUUCAAAGCAUCAUAAAGUCAACUAUCGAAUCAGUAACUUUUUUGAGGGUAGAAGUAUGUACUUUACAAUUUUUUGCCCUAUCCCACAUGAAAAAGCUAUUGCCAUUUCAUAAAAUCAGUGUGGAAGUGUUAUUGUUAGUCAUCUUAGGUGGAGAAUCUUGUAGGGUUUAAUGUGCCCACUCCCCUUGUGGUAUAUAAAUUUUGCGCAUUACUCAACGUCUCAACCUGAUUCAUAGAAUGCGUCAAACCCUCUCUAUAGUUAAUCAUGCAUUCAUGCAGACCCCUGUAUUAUAAAGUGAAGUUGUAUCCAGAGAAAUUCC